AUGCGCAGAGAACAUCCGCGGCAAUGCUCCAGGAUGAAUGCACGAAUGAAGAAAGACCCCUCGCGUGCGCGUCUAGGAGGCUUGGAAUUCGAAUUCAAGUUGGCAGGCCUGGUAAACGCCCGCCUACACGCCUUGCAGCGCCGCCAAACUCAACUUCAGCUCCGCUACGAGUUGGCCACGAACGUUCAGGGAGCCAACCCCUUCGACGACAUCGUCUUGCGCCUCCGUUGGCUGGACGCAGGGCAGGAGCGGAGCAUCAACUACUUCGUGCAGCUGAAGCAUGUCGAGAAGACACGCCUUUACUUGCAAGAGCACUAUUUCGUUGCGGAUCCGACCAAGUGUCGACGUCACAAUUUCAAUCUCAAAAAGUAUUUCGGGUUCUACAAAGCUUUACGUAAUAUAAGGGGCAUGCCGCCGAACGGCUUAAAUCACAACACGCAGAUAAUUCGGGAAUGCGCCUUUGAGGAAUUCAGACAUAUUACAAUUGAAAUUGCCAACUACUUUUUCGCAUCUGCGUUGGAUCAACUAAUAGCAGAAGCCACCACUGACGCACUGGGCGGGCAGCUCCCCCGCACGGAGGCCAUUCUCUCCAAGUACUUAUUGUUCCUGCGCGACUGGUGGCAGAGCAGCAAAGGCGAUUGUCUCACCCAGAGCACCACCGAGCUGGAAGACAUUAUCCGCGACGACAUCAACGACUCCACCUGCACCGAGUGCUUAUUCUUCCAGGAGCGCUAUUGCGAGGCACUGGCCAAUCAGCUGCAAGACGGUGACGCCUCCUACAUUGUGACGCCCAGCAUACCUGCGAGUUUACGCCACUCGAAACUGAAACUCACUUUUGGAAAAACUCUCCCAAGAACUUUCAUAAUUAUCUCAGUUACGAACGUAGAAGAAUAUCCAUUAGGAGCUUUGUUGUCUGUGUGCGAGAAACUGGCCGAAGAAGUGGUGUUAACUCUGGAUUGUGUUAACGAACAGGUUCUACAUUUUGUUGGUGAAAUCUUGGCCAGACAAACGUGUAACUUGCGAAUCGUGUCGUCAACGUGGGAACGUAGUGUGCACGACGUUGUGGCACGUAGGGCGCAGCGGUACACCACCUGGUCCGAGGUUUGGGCGCUAGGGCACAUGCAGGAAAUCGAGGCCCAGCGCCUCCUGGAAGCGCACGUCUUGUUCCAAGGUCACGAGGUGGCGCUGCAGGAGCUGGACGGCGCGUGGCCGUCGAUGCGCCGUGAAGUGAGCGGGGCGACUCUCGCAGCCUUGGCCACUGGAGACACUGUGGCUUUCGGCGCUCCUCUGCCGGAGAUGGAGGAACAUUAUGUGCAACGGGAGCUGUACCACAAGGCGGAGUUAAGCAGAGACGUGUUUCAACUAUCGAGCAGUUUGGAGCACUUUUUUCUGAAAGGGUUCCCGGAAUCCGAACUGACGUGGCUGCGAUCUGACGAGUGUCCGUGGACAGAGAGCUACGACGUGCAGGAAACACCCCCCAGCAGUCGCCUGCAGCGCCUCCAGGACGGCGGAAGCAGCGCCGCCCUGCGGCCGUUUGUGCAGCGCCGCAGCGCUGAGUGCGGCGACGACAGCAACUGCGCGCACGCCGACUGCGAGGGGCUGCUGGGGUGGCGCGCGCGGGAGCUGCUGCUGGUCAGCGAGCCCGGCAUGGGCAAGUCUACGCUGCUGGCGCGCGCCGCGCACGCGCUCAAGCGGCAGGAGCCCCAACACUGGGUGCUGCUGCUGCGUCUCGGUCACGGCCUCCUCGACCAGCUGCCCGACGCUCCAACGCCCGAUGAUGUUGUGGCGCUGCUCGCCAAGGCCGCUGGCUGCCAGCCAACGGACGACGCCAAGGCGCCUUGGCUGUCGGCGGGUGCGCGCUUCCUCCGCGAGAGCGUGCUGCGGUCGCGGCGCGCGAGCGUGCUGCUGGACGGCGUGGACGAGGCGUGCCCUGCGCACAAGGCCAAGGCGCUGGCCGUGCUGCGCGUGCUGCGCGAGUGGCGGGUGGCGCGCGUGUGGGUGACUGCGCGCCCGGCGCUGCAGGAGGAUCUGGCGCAGGCGCUGCAGUGCGCUCCGCUCGGGCUGCGCCCUCUCUCGGAGGACGAGCAGCGGCGGUACCUCGCGCAGCGCUGGGGGAAAUCCUCCGAAGCACAGGAUAACGUGGACGAGCGGGUCAACCAGUUCCUGAGAUCUUUGCAAAAUGCCACGGAACAUCACGGCUAUGCUCUGUCCGGUGUCCCUCUAUACACUCGCAUACUCGCCGAAGCCUACAAGGACGAACCCUCCGUCUCAGGAGAAAGUCCACCGCACGACUCGCUCUCAGUAAUGAACUCCAUGACAAUCAUACGGAAAUUCGUUGAAGAAACAGAGAAGAGGUAUUGGAAGAAAAGUGGAAUACCACAAAGCACCCUCAUUAACUUUGGACUUGACAAACAAUCUAACUUUAUGACAGUGCAUCAAAUUUGUGCAAUUUUCUUGCUUUUUAAUGAUGAAAAUCUUCUUGGGCAGCACUAUCAGAAGAUCAAUGAUGCCGUGAGUGAAAUUGUGAAAAAUUUUGAAACGGAAAAUAAAGGUAUUAUGACUAAUGUGAUAGAUGGGAAACCGGAGUUUAUGCAUCAGACAUUUGUGGAGUAUUUCGCUGCAUCAUGGCUUUGUGAUCAUUUCCAUGAGAUUCCAAAGUUAAUCUACUCUGUAUACGCCAACCACUGGACAGAGGUGCCCAGCUUCCUGGACGCGCACCUGUCGUGGGGGCUGCGCCUGCACGAGGCGGCGCUGGGCGGCAGCGUGCGCGGCGUGUGCGAGGCGCUGCGCGCGCACGCGCCCGUCAUUGCGGUGGACCGCGGGGGCCGCACGGCCCUGCACCUGGCGGCGGCGCGCGCGCUGCCCGACGUGGUGUCCACUCUGCUGGCCGCCGGCGCGCCGCCCGCCGCGCGCGACCAACUGCUGCGCUGGACGCCGCUGCGCUACCUGGACGCCGCCGCCGGCCGCGCCAGGGCCAACGCGGAGCAGCUGCUGCGCGCGGCCGACGCUCUGCUGCGCGCGGGCGCAGAUGCGCGCGACGCGCCCAGAAUGACGAGGAACGCUCGCCACGACGGGUCUCUGAUGAGCGUGGCGAUGGGGCGCAACCUGGCGAACGUGGUGGGCGCGUUCUUAGCGCGCGGUAUGAUGGGGUAUCUGGCGCGGCGCGCGGCGUGGAACUCUGCGGCGUGGGGCUCGGCGGCCGUGGGCGUGGGCGUGAACGAGGCGGACGCGAGCGGGCUGGCGCCGCUGCACCACGCGGCAAUGCGGGGCCACGCGCGGCUCGCUGAGCUGCUCUUGGCGCGCGGCGCUGACGUCCACGCACUGACGCAAGCCCGCAAGACGCCGCUGCACCUGGCGGCGCUCGGCGGCCACUCUGUGCUUUGCAAGAAACUUAUCCAGGCGAAGGCGAAGGUGAACGCGUGCGACGGGCGGGGUCGGCGUCCGCUGCACGAGGCCGCGCGAUGGGGUCAUGGAGCCGUGUGCGAGCUGCUGCAGGAGGCGGGCGCAGACGUGCGCGCGGCCGACGCCCAAGGGCGCACGGCGCUGCACGAGGCGGCGGGCGCGAGCGAGCACGGCGCGUGCGAGGUGCUGCUGGGACGCGGCGCCGACCCCAACGCACGGGACGCGCACGGCCGCACGCCUUUUCACUACGCGGCGAACGGAGCUCGCCAAGAAGACCCACUCUGCUGCUGUCUGGAGACAAGCAGUGGCAGCAGCGACCUGGCGGAGGCGUGCAGCGCGGCGGACGAGGAGUCGCUGCAGUGGCAGGAGACGCUGCUGGCGCGCCAGGCCGUGUGCCAGCUGCUGGCGCGCCGGGCGCCGACGCUGGAGGCGCAGCACGCCGUCCGGCCGCACGCCCUUCCUGAGGCCGCGGCGCGUGGGCGACGAGGCCCUGCGUGCGCGGCGCUGGCGCCCUGGCGCCGCGCCCUGCGCCCUCGACGCCCGGCGCCGCUCCGCGCUGCACGCCGCCGCCCGCGCGCCCGGCGCCGCCCCCUUGCCGCGCGCUCGCGCGCCGCACGUGCACGUGGGGCGCGAGCGACGCCGACUGCCGCACCGGCUGCGCUGCACGAGCCGCGGCGCCGGCGACGACGAGCGCGCCGUCGGUGUGCUCCUACAGCUCGGGGCUGA